AUGGCUACGAAUGUCGAAGACGUGCUGGACAGGCUGUUUGAUGCUGCCAGCGCACUUGUCGCACGUCACAGCGCCACAGAUGCAGAUGCAGAUGACAAUGUUAUAGCAGCUUUGCGCUUAAUUCUACGACGAUCACGAUAUCCUGGCGCAUCUGAGGCGUUCCACCGACAACUGUACGCGCAGACCGCGCUAUUCGCACUGGCACUCGUCGUCGGCUUUGCCGCACUCGGAAAUUCGUAUAGACGCCAUCAGUGUCUGGAAUUGUACAAAGUCGUCUCUACACCCCUGGGCAGGAUAUUAUGUCCUUCGGUGAUAAAACUGGCCAUCAUCACGCUGAUGUUGUGGUACAUCCUUGCGCUGGUGUACAUAUGGGUUGCGGCGGUGCCAUACGCAAACGCAAACUAUGACAUUGGCGCAUUUUCUUUAUGGCUAGAAGCGAUCUGGAUUCCGCUAGUCCUAACUGGCUGGGCAGAGGUCUGGGGCGCUGCCGUGGCUGCGCUGGUUUCUGCCAGAUUCGCAUCACACAGCAUCGAAGAAGCCAAUCAGCCCGCGCAGUCUGACAGGCCCGAACAGCCCUCUGCGACAGAUGGCAGGCGUCGACUGCGUCCGAAGAUACAGAGACAGGCCGCUCGACUGCCGCUUGCUGCAAUUGUCAACGUCUUCUUCUUGAUCGUGCCUAUCAUAUUCGUCGCCGUUUUUGCUAGCUUCCUGGGCGCAAAGAUUCGGCAAACAGAGGAAGCCAACAGGCUAUACUGGGCGAACGAUCCUCAGCUGCACGCAAUACAGAACGAAUGGGCGGCACUGUCCAACGCUUCUGCAGUUUCGACGGCAGACGCGAUGCCGUUCAGCGCACCAGCGAACAGCACGCCUUCGCCCAUGGCGACUGCGAGUGCAUCUUCGGUUGCUAAUCUGACUUCAUCGGCGAUAUCGCGCGCCGUCAGCACCCGCAUCAGAAAGAGCAAUACCACGAUUGUGGCCAGCAGCCGGAUAGCAGCAGCAAGUAGUGCGACGGCUACAAGCCUGCUGACGAAAAAUACUACAGCGUCACGUCAGCAGGCUACGACCAGGCUGGUGCGUACCGUACGUCUGAUUGCUCGUGCCGUGCCAAGUGCGCAGCAAGUCCUGCUCGACGAAGCUCGUCAGAUAGAGACGCCGUUUGCGGGGCAUAUAUCUCAAUCGUUCGCCUGGUCGCAUCGUCUGCUUUCGUUUUACGUCGCGCUCACGUGCCUGAGCCUAAUCAUCUACGCUCCUUGUGCUGUUGUGCAUCUCCUGGCGCUCAAUCGGUCUGUGAGCGCACUGCGAUGGACGACAUCGUCUCCACCUCCGACCGCUACGCCAUUUAGUGAAAAGGGCCACUUGAUUGCCCAAGCAGAACAGGCCACAGCGAGUCCACAAUUAAAGCGCAGAGGCGGCCUCGCGCGGGGACUCAGACUUCUGCAGCCUGCAGCUAUUACUCACGGCAGGCCCGAUGCGCAGCUCGUCUACUUGAAGCGUGUGCGACUAAAUCGCAUCCUAUCCGGUGCGACCUUUGUCGCUGUCAGCAUAGCAUUUCUGGCAAUCACAUGCCUUAUCAUCAAUGAUCCACUCUACUAUCUCGAUAUACCUACCCAGCAAAGGCUGGUGCUUAUUCCGCUGUGGCUUAUGGCAACCCUUGGUCUCGCGACAAUGCUCGUCUUUGCGUUCCGCACAAACGAUGGGCUGCCGAGCACGCCACCGAAAGAUGCCGGUGCGAUCAAUGUUGGCUCUGAUCUGACUCGCCACGAGGAACUCACCCAGACCCGUAUGGGACCGACGGAGAUGCGCAACCUUCUCCGCGUGGAGUAUGACGAACAAUUGCGUAGCAGCUCGUUCGGAUCGUCUCAGAUGGAUACCAAAUCGAGCGAUACGCCGAUAAGAAGCCGGUUCAGCCAGCACAGUAAGAAGGCGAGCGUCGCUGCUUCGGUACGGUCCUUCAGAACAGGCAUCGCGUCUCUCGCUGGCUCGAUGGUGCCGAGCACGAAAAAGGAUGGCUCGACGAAUAUGAGUCGGGCAGGCUCGAACAGAAGGGACGGGCCGAUAGAGAAGCACAUUGUCAACAAGUUCGACUCAAAUCUGAUCAUUCCAGGGGCAGAGGAAGUACAUGGCGCGUUUGCAGAAGAGAUCUACGGCGCUUAUGCAACUAACGACGGUCGCAAGAGUGCUCAGCCGGGACUUCCCAGCGAGGAUAUGAGCAGGAAGAAAUCGAAAGACCUCCUCGGCUCGCCAAUGCCAACUUCGACGUCGACGACGGAUGCGUAGAUUUGGCUGAAGUCUGUGGAUGAUAUCUUCGCUCAGACACACCGCAGAGUCUCGAUCGCUUUGCCCUCACAUGUCACACUGUGCUCCUAAUCACUGCAUGCUACUAUUCAACGGACAGGUGUUGUAAAGAAUGCCCAUGGCUGUAGAUGAUCAUAGCUUCUGCUCGUUGCUUUUGCUCUGGCUGAGACUGUAGCGCUUGGCACACUCGAGCCCCCACGCGAGAUG